UUCUUUUGAACGGCAGCUAAAGUACAUGCUGGAGAGAGAGAGAGAGACAGAGAGAGAGAGAGAGAGAACGGGGUUCACAAAGAAGAGACGCAACCAGAAAAAAAGAUGAACUGAGAGACGUACAAAAAACAGAAAAUAAAAAUCAAACCCACCCCACACUCUCAAAAGACAAGAGAUCAUCAGUGUGGAAAAAUUGGAAAUGGGUUUUGCAGAGAGAGGAAACAAAGGCGACGCCGUCCCUGUGUUUCCUCUUUUCCUCAUUACUCUCAAGCUCUAGUCCGGCUUGCGUUGUUCGAUCUUCAGGCUACGUUUGCUUGAGUGUCUGUCAGUUAUAAUGGCGGAUAUGUACAACAAUAAGUCCACAUGCGCUUCGUCUUCUUCCCCACCUGAAACCGACGACCUGUCCCUCUUCCUCCACCAGAUCCUCCUCCGCUCAUCCGACCCUCUCGCGGCCGCCGCGUCACUGCCCGGAAACCCGCACCGUCCGGUCCAACCUUCUGUGCUUUCCGGAUACGGAUGCCACGUCACCGACCGGAUCUCCACCGCCGAGUCAUCUUCUGGGUUAAACUCGUCGCCCGGCGCCGUGCUUUCCUCUUCCGGCUACUAUUUUCCGGCCGGUGCCACGAACGCGUCCUCCUCGGUUGGAACUGUUGACAUUGACGCUGACGAGUAUGAUGGCGAAAGCGAGGAGGGUCUUGAAGCUCUUGUGGAGGAGGUGCCAACAAAGCAGGUUCCAUCUCGUAGUUCUUUGAAGCGUGGCAGAGCAGCGGAGUUCCAUAACUUGUCUGAAAAGAGGAGGAGGAGCCGGAUCAAUGAAAAAAUGAAAGCAUUGCAGAAUCUAAUCCCCAACUCAAACAAGACUGAUAAGGCAUCGAUGCUCGAUGAUGCCAUAGAGUACCUCAAGCAGCUUCAGCUCCAAGUGCAGAUGUUAACAAUGAGAAAUGGGUUAAGUUUGUAUCCUAUGUGCUUGCCUGGAGCAUUACAGCCAGCCCAACUCACCCAGAUGCCAAAGGGCUUUUAUGAAGGAAAUGGAACGGAUGUGACCGGCUUAUCUUUUAACCAGGAAACUUCAACAAACACUCUCUUUGACAUACCCAACCAAAGCACUAAUCCAGCCCAGUUAACGGCAGUUGACUUAUCAAGUACACUCAGUUCUGAAACUUUGUUUGGAAGGGAAUCAGCAAUCAAAGGUGACCUUAGACCCCUUCAGUUCCACACAUCAUCCAAUUCCAAAGUGAAUGAAAUCUACAGGAAGGACAUGCCGCAUGAUCAACAACUAAAUGUGGAUGAUCAUUCUCCAAAAAAGCCAUUAGGUAGGUUGUCUAAGCCUAUGUUUCUUAAUUAUAUUGAAGAAAACACUUAUAUAACGUCAGCAGUAUGCUUAUGGCUAUUGGUGUUUUAUUGUCUUUAGAGCUCAACUAUUGAUUCUGUCCUUGUUCUAACCUGUGUUGAUGCGGUGAUUCAAUACACAAGCAUCUGAGGUAAAGGACAAGGUGCCGGAAGCAUGCAUCCUAGGAACGCAGAGACCAGAGAAUGUGCUCCUAUCAAAUCUGGAGUGUGAACCAACUCUUGCCCCUAAUUUGGAUGGCUUGCUCUCUGGAAGAAGUGCAGCUAAAGAUGACAUCAAGUCUCAAAGGCAGGACUUUUGAGUUUGCUAGCCUAUUAUUUUCACUAUCUACCCUUUUAACUGGAAGCAACGGCAAUUCCUGCAGGCACUUGUACAUUUUUUGUUAUUGCCAAAGAUAGUUCUCAUAACAUGAUGUUAAUCUGAAUCCAAAUGCUUUCAAAUUGAGAUUGGACUCAUCAUUCACUCAACAGAGAGGGAUGUGACUAUAGCCUGGAAUGCAUCUUGAAGAAUAUUGCAAUUCUUGUGAAACCAGUUUGUUUCCCCUA